GAAGUCUUUGCAUAUUAUCUUGGUUUUUCUUGCUGCUAAAAGCACUCCAAACUUUGUCCCACCAUAGCCUCACAAAGUCGCCAUUUUGCUAUGAACACACCUACUGGGCGGGGACUGGUUGCCUUGGUUGCUGCCCUGAAAUUUCUUCCUUCCUCAAUAGGUUAGUUGAUUACUGAUUAGUCAUGGUAAUGGAUCGUCUUCUUGUAGUGUCCUUUCUAACUUGUCUCGUUAUCAAAACCGCCUCCUCUUUGACGUGCCCAUCUCAAAAAGACGCCGAAGUUCUUAUUUUUGGUGCUGGUACGGCUGGAGUGACGGCAGCUAGGGUGCUCAGUGAUCAAAACUUGAACAGUUUCAAAGUACUAGAGGCGUAUGACAAAAUUGGGGGUAGAAUAAGAAACAUUACUUUUAAAGGGGUUCAGAUCGAGGUGGGUGCAAACUGGAUCCACGAAGCACCCGCUAAUACUGGGAGCAGAAGCAAUAACGACAAUCCAAUAUGGACACUGGCUCGCCAUUCAGGCUGCUAUGUACAGGGCGAUGAAUUUCAGGGAAGUUUUACAUCGAGUGCUACCUACAUGGAUUUGAAUAAUAGACAACAAUUUGAAACUGUCAAUGUUGAUAACAUUGUGACGGAAUAUAUGACAAAGUAUGAGGAAGCAGUCGCAACUACUGGAACUAACACUGUCAGGCAAGGACUGAACAUGAACGACUGGCGUCCAGAUUCCCCCUUGAAGCAAUUGGUUGAAUGGAGUGAGUUUGAUUUUGCUUAUGCUGCAACUCCGGAAGAAUCUGUAGUGUCUUUAACUGCCGAAAAUGAUAAUAUCAAUUUUGGCGACCAGUGCUUCAUAGUGACAGAUCAACGAGGUUUUGCUUCAGUGCUACAGUGCAUAGCUAAUUUUGAUCAUCAGAAUAAAAUAUUAACAAAUACUGUCGUGACUAGUAUUGACUGGAAUGAUGAGUGUGUAUGUGCUGAGGUUAUGGGGCAAGGCAGAAUGUGUGGAGAUUAUGGUAUCGUUACAUUUUCUAUUGGUGUACUGCAGAAUUGGAUUGCAAACAAUAAAUUCAAUGGUAGCCUUAGCAGUGCAAAAAUGAGAGCUAUUACUAAUUCAAGAAUGGGCCUCUAUUUGAAGAUAUUUGUUAGAUUUCCAAGUGUUUUUUGGGAUACCAAUUAUCACUACACUUUUCAUACUAAUUCAACAAGGCGUGGGUAUUAUCCAGUUCUACAACCAAUUGGAGCAUCACUCCCUGGGUCACCUCCUAUUAUACUCAUGAGUGUCACUGGUGAUGAAGCAUUGAGGAUAUCACGCCUUAGCAAGGAUGAGGUGAGGCAAGAGGUUGUUGCUGUAUUACGCGAAUGGUAUAACAAUGAUAACAUUCCUGAAAUUACUAAUGAUGAUAUUGAAUAUUAUGCCUGGAAUACUGAUGAGUUUUUUCUUGGUAUGUAUUCUAAUAAUCCUACUACUCUAACAAUUGAUGAUAAACGGAAUCUUGCAAUGCCAGAAGGAAGGCUGUACUUCAGUGGUGAAGCUAACAGUAUUGAACAUGGUGGUGCAAUCCAUGGUGCCUACUGCAGUGGAAUGGAUGCAGCAACUAGUAUACUAACAGCAAAGGGAAUGUAUAAUGAGGCAAGCAAUUCAUUGCCUAAAUGCCUACCAUCUUCGGCUAAAAGUUUGCAAGCAUCUAUAAUUACUCUUGCUUUGAUUCUAUUAGCUGGUAUGUGGAUAAUGACAUAGUUAACGGUAAUGGUGUGAUACUUUGUAGGAUUCUGUUUAUGCUAGAACUACUUGUAAUUAAUAAUAAUAUUAUUACAUCAGACAAUUUUUUGCCGAGUUUACAAGUUUAACUUUUUAUAACAUGUCUUGAAAUCACAGUCAGUAAAAAUGCUUAAAUUUU